UUUUUUUUUUUUUUUUUCCCUGCUCUCAGGCACAAGCUUACAUAUUCCCCCAGUUCACGCGGCAUGAGUAAAUUCAUUGCAGUCGUGGUAGCCGGUAUGGCCGCUCAUGCCAUACUAUGUCCAUUCACCAAAGUAGAAGAGAGCUUCAAUCUUCAAGCUGUACACGACAUUAUUCAUCACCAAACCGACAUUUCAAAAUAUGACCAUCUCGAGUUUCCAGGCGUGGUCCCCCGAACCUUUAUCGGCCCACUCUUUGUGGCUAUGUUCACAUGGCCGGCUACCGUGUUAAAUUCACGCUUGCUGGAACAAUAUGCUGCACGGCUAGUGGUUGCAUCCAUGGUAUGCCUUGGGCUCUACCGUCUUCUACUAUCCACUCGUAAACUAUUCGGUCCCGUUACUGCCAAUGUGACAGCGUUGCUGUUGGCUACUCAGUUUCAUUUUUUGUUUUGGUCGUCAAGAACAUUGCCCAAUAUCCUUGCUCUGCCUCUUGUAUUGGAAGGCUUCUCACAUUGGCUGCAAGCUCAAGCCACCAAUGAUAGAAAACAACUUAAUCUAUCCAUUCGAUGGCUGACAUUUACUGCUGUGGUAUUCCGCUUCGAGGUCGGCAUUUUGCUAGCCUUUAUCUUGCUGUCUGAAUUGGUGAUCCAUCGUAGUACAUCCGUUCGAGAUAUUCUUUUGAAUGGUGUCGUCACUGCAAUUAUAUCUCUUUUGGUCACUGUACCCAUUGAUUCAUAUUUUUGGCAAUCUUACCCACUAUGGCCUGAAGGUGCCGUUUUUUACUUUAACGGAGUACUCAACAAAAGUUCGGAAUGGGGUACGCUUCCAAUGACAGCCUACUUCUUGUCAUUUUUACCAAGGCUUCUUCUUGUCUCUUACCCCUUGGCUGGCAUUUCCUACCUUGCCGAUAGGCGAGCACGCAGACUGCUGACACCGUGCAUUCUGUUCGUUUUGGCCUUCUCAUUUCUCCCUCAUAAGGAGUGGCGCUUCAUCGUGUAUACCAUCCCUAUGUUCACUAUCGCUGCUGCCAUCACUGUCAAUAACGUCUAUGUCAAGUCGCGUAAACAAUCGGCUGCCAAUAAGGCUCUAUUGGCCUUCAUUGCUGGAUCCAUGUUGCUUUCUACCUUGGCAUCUUCGUUCAUGCUUUACAUAUCCAUGUAUAAUUAUCCUGGAGGACAGGCAUUGGAGACUCUCCAUCAUUUAGAAUCACUCGAAACAAAUGUGUAUGUCCAUAUGGAUGUCACGACAGCCAUGACCGGUGCCUCUCGCUUUGGUGAACAAUACCCAUCGUGGCGAUACAGUAAAAAAGAAGACCACGAGAACGCCGAUCAGUAUAUUCUUGCCGGAUAUACACAUUUGAUAACCUCAGAACCUGAAAAGUAUGAUUCUGAAUUGUACGAUGUGAUCUACUCUGCAAAUGGUCUCAAGUCGGUAUCCAUCAAGCCAUUCCGUCCAUACAUUGAGUCUCUGGUGAAGAAUCCACAACAGCUUUUGAACUUUGCAGAAUGGCAAACUAUCCUCCCCGCCAAUGUCAAUGUUGGUCCCGUUGUCCAUAUAUUAAAGCUCAGAGAGCCCACCCAAGCGUUUAUUCAAGUUUUGAUUAAAUCCAAUCCAAGACUGAUGUUUAGCAAGACUUAUUGCCCUUAUUGCAUGAGAGCAAAGAUGGUGCUCAACCAACAUUGCCCGGGCCAAUACACUGUCUUGGAAGUCGAUCUUCAGGCCGAUCAAAUGGGCAUAAAGCAAGCUUUGUACAAUUUGUCUCGAAGAACUACCUUCCCCAAUAUAUUUGUCAACGGUGUCAGCAUUGGUGGCUCCGAUGAUAUUUCCAUGCUUGCUAACGAGGGCAAACUUGCUGAAGUAAUGGGAUGUACAUAGAAAAAAAGAAAAAGACAUUGUUUAUAUUGGC